UGAUGUUUGAACAAGGUUGUUCUCAGUGAUUAAACUUCUUGAACCUCGCGGCAUGCGGAACAGCAUCGUCUCGUUCUCCAUCUGUCGUUUACCACUUCAUGAGCGUCGUUUCCUCAGCCGUUUCCUUUCCGAUGACCUAUACGACCCGCCGUUCUCCCCUUCUCCGAAAGCCCUCAAAGCAAACAAGAAAAAGACGCAUUCCGAAAACGGAGCUCCGAAACAAAACGGAGCCCCAAAGUUUCCCUUAAAAUCGAACCUCCCAUUCGAUUUCAGAUACUCCUAUUCGGAGACCCAACCUUCGGCUGUGCCCAUCAGUUUUCGCGAAUCGCCCAAGUUCUCCCCGUUUGGGCCUGGCCGGCUCGACCGGACAUGGACCGGCGUUUCUGCUCCGGUUCGGAGUGAACCGGACUGGAAGAGGGUGGAGGAGGAACAAAACCGGGUUCUCGGAGCGCCACUCAGUGAGGAUGAGGUGGUCGAGCUCGUCGAGCGCUACCGUCACAGUGACUGUGUCAGGCAAAUCAAUUUAGGAAAGGGUGGAGUCACUCACAACAUGUUGGACGACAUCCAUAACCACUGGAAGAAGGCUGAAGCUGUGAGGAUUAAGUGCUUGGGUGUGCCAACUCUUGACAUGGACAAUGUUUGCUUCCACCUUGAGAACAAGUCUUAUGGGAAAGUUAUCUACCGCAACAUCAAUAUACUGCUUCUGUACAGAGGACGGAAUUAUGAUCCCAAAAACCGUCCAGUUAUUCCUCUCAUGCUGUGGAAGCCUUAUGCACCAAUAUAUCCUAGGCUUGUGAAGAAUGUAAUAGAAGGCUUGACAUAUGAAGAAACAAAAGAAAUUAGAAACAACGGAUUGAAUUCAGAUCCUCUCAUUAAACUCACCAGAAAUGGUGUGUAUGUGAAUGUGGUGGAGAGGGUAAGGGAGGCUUUUAAGACUAGGGAGGUUGUGAGACUUGACUGUACCCAUGUGGGAACCAGUGACUGCAAAAAGAUUGGAGUCAAGCUAAGGGAUUUGGUGCCAUGUGUCCCUAUCUUAUUUAAGGAUGAGCAGAUAAUUCUCUGGAGAGGAAAUUUCAAUGAAGAGCAGCCUUCAGAUUCACAAUGUCAGCAAGUAAUACAAAGUUGAUCUUCAUGGUUAUUUAAAAUUACUGGUGAAAAAGCAUUGAUUCACAACUGAAACCCCCAAAUCAACUUGCAACAUUGAAAAUCCGAUGGAAUGUAACGUAAGAAUUCAUUUCUGCGAGGUAGAAGGUAUAAAUGUUAGCUUCUGAGUAAAUUUGAAAAACCACAUGUGAUAUGGAACCAAAAAUGCCAUUGCGAGGUGCCCUCACUCUGUCAUGCAGGUUGUCUAAUUUUUAUAGUUGACGGUCUUUAUGUUAGAGUUGAUUAUUCAAUCUGUUUUAGCUACUUUGCGGUUGCAAUGUGCAGUGUUGUUAGCAUCCUCAUGCAUCCUUGCAAGGGUUAGAUCGUGGAUGAGGAAUGCUGUAUGUUCCGAAAUAUGUUUAUGAUGCAGAGUAUGAAACAAGCUACUUGGCUUUUUACC